UACUUAGAUUACAAAAUUAUUCUUUUAAAUAAAUAUUUAGUUAUUAUUAUUAUUAUGCUGAGAAUUAAAUAUUUAGUUAGGUGUUAAAUUAUAGAGGCAUCCGAAUGAAUCAGAAAUAGUUCAAGUUGGGCCAAAUUAGUGGCCUGAGUUGAGUUGGGUAGUGUAAUUUCCUCAGUUGGGGGAUCUAAAUCCCACUACAGAAUGGACCUUAAAAGAGAAGACAAGAGUUGAAUUGCUAGGCCUGGCCUGCUAAAAGAAGAAGAGGGUGACUGGUGAUGGUCUGAGACUGAGACUGAGAGCGAGACCCUGCUGCAGCUGAAGCUAUGGUGGAGAGCUUCUUCUUAAUCUCCUCAGAGACAAAGAGGCAAAUGGACCUCCACACUCAAACUAAAUCUAUAACUAAUAAUACUAUGCACCUUCUCUCAGGCCCUCCUUCUAGUGGAAAGACUUCUCUUCUAUUCCAGUUUGCAUUCAAUGCCACCAACUUCACCAAUGAAAAAGUCGUCUUCAUUUGCAAUCGCCACAAGUUACAAACCAAACCCCCUUUUCUCUCCCAAGGUAUUGAUCCUUCUUCUGAUGCCUUUCAACGGAUUCAGAUGAAAUUUUUCAGGUAUGUGGAUAAUGAUGAAGCUAUUAAGAACUACUUUGCUGCAUUUCACCUGCAUGAGACAUUUCCUGACACAGUUAUUGUUGAUGAUUUUGGAGAUUUCUUUGAGGACAGUUGCCAAGAGAGGUAUGGGAAUAGGGGAAGAGAAUUAGCUAUGAUUCGGACACUUGCUUUAUGCCACAAUGCCAUAAUGCACGCCAAUGGAAUAAGACCCUGUAAGCUUCUCUUGUCUGAUACACACCAUGGAGAGUCCACUAGGUUGCUCUUCAUUUAUAAGAGAUGGGUUUCCACUAUCUUCAUCAUUAAAGGUGAUGGUGAUGGCACCGGAUCGUUUAUUCUCAGAAGUAAUAACAAUCUCGAGAAUGAGAGGACGAAAUCUGCCAAGUAUUGUAUUGCUCUACAGUAUUUAGUCUUGGAAGUGAUCACUGAAGAUUGUGAAAUGUAACAUUUAUAUAUAAAUAGAAUGAGAGUGAGAGUGAGAGUGAGAGUGAGAGGCAUAGGUUUCAUUUCAAUGUCAAGAUUGUUCUUCCAUGAUGUAAUAUUUUGAUCUUUAGUAUAGUAAUGUUAGUAUACCAGUUGUGGCUAACUGAAA